AUGUCGUCUUCAGAGAGUGGAUUGUCUGACACUGAUGACCCCAUGGCUAUUGUUUCUGAAGAUGAGAUAGUCCCUGAGCCAGAGAUCUUUACUUCCGAUACAGAGAGUGACCCAGAGCUGAUGUCCGCUGACGACGACGAUUUCCAUCCAUUCGCGCUACCCGAUUUUGGCGAUGAUCUACCGCUUGCUGAUGGUAUCCUAGACGAGGAUCUUUUUGUUAUUCCCAUUCCAGUUCACGAUCAUCUUAUCAUCGGUUACCCCGAUGGCGAGCAUAUUGUGGCACCGAUCCUCGCUCCUGUUCCCUUAGUGGUCAUCCCUCCUGAGGAUUGGCCAUUCGAUGAUCUUUUUGGUGAUGAUUUUGAUCUGUUUGUUGAUGGUCCUCCCGAUAAUGCUCAUGGCGAUGGAGAGCUCGAUGAGGAGGUUUUUGAUAUUCCACUUCUGGAGAUUCCUGUUAUUGAGAUUUCUUCUGACUCUAGUUUACACUCCGUCUCAGAUUCCUUUGAGUCUGUGACUUCUUCCGCUUUACAGGUAGUUGGACUGCGAUGUUAUGCCACUGAUUCUGAUGACGAUACGACCAUGUCAGCUGCACCAUCUCCUCCACAUGACUUUAAGCCUGGACUUGAGCCUGACUUUGUUCCUGAUGAUCAGCCCGAUGCUGCCCCUGCUGAUCCUGAGCCGAUACUUGCUCCUGAGCCUUUGCCUGAUCAUGACCCUAUUCCAUUUGGCUUACCUGACAUUGCACUCCUCAUACCAGAUCCAGUUCCUGCACCCGCUGACCCUCCUAUUAUUGAGCCAGUCACUCCCCCACUAGCACCUGCACCCGCCGAUGAUAUACCCGCACCCCAUCCAGGGGAAGGCACUUCUAGCCAGCAGCCUAGCCAGGACCCUCAUGUUUCAGCAGCUUACCCACACGUACCUCAGUCUGCACCUUAUGCUCAUUUUACUUCUUCGCCACUUGAUGAGCCACUCAGAUGGUUCCCACCGUACACCAUGCCAAUUUCUGAUCCCUACCAUCCCUCACACUUUACUGGUUAUACACGGGAUGAGUUACUCCUAUCCUUGCAGCUCCAGUAUGAGAUCAUGAGUCGCAGGAUUUUAGAGCUUGAGAUGACACCGCAACCUUUGCCAUGUCCGUGUCGACCUACUUUUGUUCCCCCUCGUUCAUCACCGUCCCCAUUUUCACAUCCUCCUGCACCGCUUACUCCAUUUCCAGAGUUUGAUACUCGAUUUCUUAUUGUUGAGCAGCAGAUCAGCUAUCUGUUGCAUCAUGUUUAUGAUCUUGAGGAAGAGCUUGCGCAUGUGCACAGCUUGCUUUUUGUUCCUCCACCUCCUCCUCCACCACAAUCAGCAUAG